GGGCCCGGCUCUCAGCGCUGCCGGACAUGUGGCCAGGAGUGGACAUGAAUGUGGAGAGCGAGCUGCUGUGGCCCGGGGUGGCCCUGUUGCUGCUGCUGGGGACGGUGGCCAGCUUGUGCGUGCGCUGCUCCCGCCCAGCGGUGAAGAAGUCUGAGAAGAUCUAUGAGCAGAGGAGCCCGGAGGAGAGUCAGCAGAACUUUGCGGUGGCCCGGACCUAUUCUUUGGUCAGGCAAGCCUGGCCUGGGGCCCUGGUGGACAUGGACUCCGACGUGGCCCCAACAAGGAAGGACAAGCUGCUGCGCUUCUCCCCCAGCCUGGAGGAUUCUGAGUCCUCCAGGUACCAGAACUUCAGCAAAGGGACCAGACGCGGACCCAGAUCCGGCCCCGAAGCGGCCCACCCAGACCCCAUUUCCAUGGACUAUUACAACUGGGGGCAGUUCCGGAAGCCCCCGGAAGAUGACGACAACGAGGAUGCCAAUUCCUACGAGAACGUGCUCAUCUGUACGCAGAAGGAACCCGACUCAGGUGACGAGGGAUCGGAGGAUUACCAGAACUCUGCAUCCAUCCGGCAGUGGCGGGAGUCCAGGAGGGCCGUGGAGCGAGCCCCGAGGGAAGAGCCUCUGACCCUGGCAGGCAGCCCAGACGAGGACGAUGAGGACCCUGAUUACGUGAAUCAGAGCGUGGCAGCCCCAGAAGCCUAGGAAGGCUCUGGAAGGAAGGAGCCGAGGGAGCCACUAGGCCGAGGGCUGUUUACUGGCCCCCUAGGGUCACUUCUCUCUCGGGAGCUGCCCAACCUCUAGACAGCCCAUGGUCACUCCUGGGAGAUGCACCGAGACGUCCAGAGGACCAUCCGUCAGGCCGUGGGGGGCCGGCCGGGGACAGGACAGUUAUACGGGGAAAUCAGCCCCUGGCCUGGCUUCUGCGAGAGCCCAAGGCUGAGGGCAGCGUGGCUCCUGCCCUGCCCGAUGCCCCGGGGUCACGGCGAGCUACCUUCCUGUCCCCACGUCUGAGAAACACCGCAUGUCACUGGGAUUCCUGUGCCUUUUUGCUUCGGAUUCAGAUUCCAAAUUGCUGACUCGUGUCGAUGGCUGGGGUCUUUUUUGUGAGCCGUGGACGUGGACAGUUAAUUUAUGUGGGUGGGACCGUAUUUAAUAAUCUACAUCCCCGGGUGCAGAGCGUCGCCUGUCUCGUCUCCUGGAAGCAUUACACGUCAUGGCCGCCGUCGGGGGGCCCCCAGAGCCCCAUUCUUCGGGCCUCAGUCCACUUGGAAGCGGUGAAGCUACAGGACAGCCCUUCCGUGGGGACGUCUGCUGUGGGCAAAGCACGUCGUGUUUCUGGAGAAGGAGCAGCACAGAGCGGCUGAGUGGCGCCUCUCUCCGUUGUCCCCGAGUCCUCCCCGGCCCCAGGACUGGACUCGCUGAGCUGAGCAGGAACCCAGCUGCCUCACUGCAAGCACAGGGGCCUCCAGCGACCUACGGAGGCUGAUAAAGCCACAGCCAGAGGGACUAGAUGUUUCCUUCAACUGAAACGUCUCAAUAAAGCCUGUUCUUACUAGA